UUUAUUACACCGGGCAACAGGAGCCAAAAUGGCCUUCAACUGUUAGAGAUUCUUGUCAGCUAGGCGAGUUUAAUCAAUGGUUUCUGAACUCGGACAAGAUAGUGGAGAGACUGAAAGGAUGGCCCGGGUGGUGUUUCUCCAUCCAGAUCUUGGUAUUGGAGGAGCAGAGAGGCUUGUGGUUGAUGCUGCUGUUGCCYUGAAGUCUCGGGGCUGUAGUGUUCAGAUCUGGACAGCUCAUUAUGAUCCAACACACUGCUUCUCYGAGACCCUGGACCCUGACCUGCCUGUGGUAUGUGUGGGCGACUGGUUACCCACCAGUGUGUUUGGCUACCUGCAUGCUCUUUGUGCGUAUAUUAGAAUGAUCUAUGUGGCUCUGYACCUGGUCUUCCUCAGUGGCGUGGAGUUCGAUGUCAUCUUCUGUGAUCAGGUGUCUGUGUGUAUACCUGCRGUGCGAUUGUCCCGUCACAGAAAGAAAGUUCUGUUUUAUUGCCACUUCCCAGACCAACUGCUGACCCAGAGAACGUCGUCCCUAAAGAAGCUUUACAGAGCUCCUAUUGACUGGUUGGAGGAACGCACCACUGGCAUGGCUGAUAUGAUUCUGGUAAACAGCCAGUUCACUGCAGGCAUCUUCAGGGAGACCUUUCAGAGUCUGAGUAGAGUCCAGACAGACGUCCUCUAUCCCUCCCUGAACACGCAGACCUUUGACCAGGCCACCACCGAGACCCGGGGCCUGCAGGGUCUGCUUCCUGAGGGAACCUCCCACAUGUUUCUGUCUCUGAACCGGUAYGAGAGAAAGAAGAACUUGGGUCUGGCUCUGGAGGCUCUGGCCGUCCUGAGGUGCAACCUUCCACCUGCUCAGAGAGCGGGCGUUCACCUGGUGGUGGCGGGGGGCUACGACGACCGCGUGACCGAGAACGUCCAGCACUACACGGAGCUGAAAGAGUUAGUGGAGCAGCUCCGCCUGGAGGACUGCGUCACRUUUCUGCGCUCCCCCUCYGAUUCCCUGAAGGUGGCGCUGCUGCGGAGCAGCACCGCCGUGCUUUACACCCCCAGCAGGGAACAUUUUGGGAUAGUGCCCGUCGAGGCCAUGUACUGCCGCUGUCCCGUUAUCGCUGUGAACUCCGGGGGGCCCCUGGAGAGCGUGGCGGACGGGGAGACGGGCUUCCUGUGCGAGCCCACCGCCGACGCCUUCUCUAAGGCUAUGGAGAGGCUUAUCAGGGACCAGCAGCUCCGCAGGGACAUGGGACAAGCCGGGAGGAGGAGGGUGCAGGAGAAGUUCUCUCUUCAGGCCUUCUCAGACCAGCUCUAUGGGUACAUUGUUGGGCUGAGCCAGUGAUGGCGGGGGGAGGGGGGCAGAGGUGAAACUGAUGUCUGCAGAGUGUUGAGGAAGUACGUGUAAAUGUGAAGAGAGAUGGGAGGUGUAUUAUGAAGACAAUUAAUCAGCAUUCCCCUGGAGGGGUUGCUGAGAUGGGAAGAAAAAAGAUGGAAUUUCUUUACCAAUUAGGAAAUAAGAAAUUAGUUUGCCUGCCCUGUCUGGUUUAAAAAAGAAAUACACGGCGAGUGUCGCAACGUGGCAACCAAGAGUCUGAGAAAGAACUGAUUAUUAGAGAAAUGCUUUUCACCGUUWGUUUGAUUCCAUUUCCUACAGUACUCUUUGUUUUCACUUGUUUUGGUGAUGCUGUCGUCGCCACGUGCCAUCGGGCUCGGAUCAAUAAACCGGAUGUUUUCCACUGCAUCCUKUCUGUCCAGAGCUUUGUUCUUCCCUCUGCAUUCAGAAGACUCUGGCCUGUCCGUGACUCCUGCAGCUGCGCAGAGGUUAUUAGCAGAUGAUAAAGUGUUUGGCUUUAUUAGAGGUCUGGCUGAUGGGCAGUGUUGCCUGAGUCUGGGUCGUUAUCAAUGAGGAGAACAGCAGAAGGUCAUUGUGUCUGUGCGUUGGCCCCCUCAGCCUUCCUACUGUACAGAAACGCUCGUAUUGACAUUCUUGAAGUCUUAAUAAACAAGAAGACGCAUAGUUUCUUAUGAGCCUGA